AGCAGACACUCUCACUAACACGCCCAUAGUUUCUCUCUCGCUCGUAUGUCGCCGGAGCUGAGGCUUCGUAAACGUUAUCCGGCUGGAGAAUACGGUUAUUUUGUUUCUGAAUUCACGAAAUGGAGAGUCUCUAGGAUUUUCUUAAGCAAAAGCGUGUUCCAUUUUUGACAAGAAGAGAUGUCUCGGCAAACGCCAUCAUCUCAUUUUCUUAAAUCGAAGACUCUCGAUAACAAAUAUAUGCUUGGAGAUGAGAUUGGAAAAGGAGCGUAUGGUCGAGUGUAUAAAGGUUUGGAUUUGGAGAAUGGGGAUUUUGUUGCAAUUAAACAAGUUUCGUUGGAGAAUAUUGCCCAAGAGGAUCUUAAUAUCAUCAUGCAAGAGAUAGAUUUACUGAAGAAUUUGAACCAUAAAAACAUUGUGAAAUAUCUCGGAUCAUCGAAGACGAAGACUCAUCUUCACAUAAUCCUUGAGUAUGUUGAGAAUGGCUCGCUUGCAAACAUUAUCAAGCCAAAUAAAUUCGGGCCUUUUCCAGAGUCUUUGGUGGCUGUUUACAUUGCCCAGGUUCUGGAAGGAUUAGUUUAUUUGCAUGAACAGGGUGUUAUUCAUCGAGAUAUCAAGGGUGCAAACAUAUUGACUACCAAAGAGGGCCUUGUGAAACUUGCUGAUUUUGGUGUUGCAACAAAAUUAACUGAAGCUGAUGUUAAUACACAUUCAGUUGUUGGAACGCCAUAUUGGAUGGCCCCAGAGGUUAUUGAAAUGUCAGGGGUUUGUGCCGCUUCUGACAUCUGGAGCGUUGGCUGCACCGUGAUUGAACUUCUUACAUGUGUACCACCUUACUAUGAUUUGCAGCCAAUGCCAGCUCUCUUUCGUAUUGUUCAGGAUGAUAAUCCUCCGAUACCUGAUAGCUUAUCUCCUGACAUUACAGACUUUCUGCGCCAGUGCUUCAAGAAGGAUGCUACGCAGCGGCCCGAUGCAAAAACACUACUUUCUCAUCCUUGGAUACUGAAUUCUAGGCGUGCAUUGAACUCUUUCCGUCAUAGUGGAUCAUUAAGAAGCAUACAGGAAGAUGUUGCAGUCGAUGCGGUAAUUUUAAAUGGAGAUAAUCAGUGCACUGGCCAAAUUAGUUCUGUGGAUAAAACAGAAGCUUCUGUUGCUGAUUUUGAAGCUGUUUCCAGGAAAGAAUUAGUGACAGUGUCUGAUGAUGUCAGUAAGUCUUGUAAGGAUAAUUCCUCAAAUGAUGAUGAAGUCGAGGAAAGAACUGAUAAAUUAGACAAUGAUCUCCAUUCAGAUCAAGUCCCGACCCUAGCUAUUCAUGAAAAUUCAUCUCUCAAAACUAGUUCUGGCAGACUAUCUAUGAAUAAAGUAGCUGCUGCUUGUGCUCCGCUUCAUGGGGCAACACAUAUGCAUGACCAGGAUCAGGCUCUGAGUAAUUGUGACAUGGAAUCUCCUGAUGCAAGAGGGAAAAACAUAGAUAGAAUGGAUGGGGGAAAAACAAAUUCUACUCAUGUUGAGAAUGGAUCAUUUGGUUUUGCAACAAGAAGUCAAGAUAAUGGGCUUCAAAAGGCUGUGAAGACAUCAAUGAACUUGGGAGGAAAUGAGCUCAGUAAAUUUAGCGACACUCCAAGAGAUGCUUCACUGGAUGAUUUAUUUCAUCCCCUCAAUAAAAAUCCAGAGGAUCGGGCAGCUGAAGCCUCAACAUCUGCCUCAACAUCACAUAUGAACCAAGGGAAUGCUGUUGUGGCUGAUGCAGGGAAAAAUGAUCUGGCUACAAGGUUGAGAGCUACAAUUGCUCAAAAACAAAUGGAGAAUGAAAUGGGGAAGACAAACGGUGGUGGUGAUUUGUUUAGCCUAAUGAUGGGUGUUCUGAAGGAUGGUGUGAUUGAUAUUGAUGGUUUGGUUUUUGAUGAAAAAUUGCCUCCAGAAAAUCUCUUUCCUCUCCAGGCUGUUGAGUUUAGCAGGUUAGUUGGGUCGUUAAGACCUGAGGAAUCAGAAGAGGUGAUUGUAUCUGCAUGCCAGAAACUUAUUAGCAUCUUUCACCAGCGCCCUGAGCAGAAAAUUGUUUUUAUUACCCAGCAUGGAUUGCUUCCUCUAAUGGAAUUACUUGAAGUUCCUAAAACUCGUGUUAUAUGUUCUGUCCUCCAACUUAUAAAUCAGAUUGUGAAAGAUAAUACCGAUUUCCAGGAAAAUGCAUGUCUUGUUGGCCUGAUCCCUGUGGUCAUGGGUUUUGCUGGACCUGAUCGCCCCCGUGAGGUUCGCAUGGAGGCAGCUUAUUUCUUGCAGCAGCUAUGCCAGUCAAGCUCGUUGACAUUGCAAAUGUUCAUUGCUUGCCGUGGAAUACCUAUCCUGGUGGGUUUUCUAGAGGCUGAUCAUGCUAAGUACAGGGACAUGGUUCACCUAGCUAUUGAUGGCAUGUGGCAGGUCUUUAAGCUUCAGAGAUCAACCCCAAGAAAUGAUUUCUGUCGCAUAGCUGCGAAAAAUGGAAUACUGUUCAGACUUAUCAACACUCUUUAUAGCUUGAAUGAGGCAACUAGGCUAGCUUCAAUAUCCAUGGGAACUGGAUUCCCACUAGAUGGUUUAGCUCAACGACCACGAUCUGGUCCCUUGGAUUUCAAUCAUCCUAUUUUCAUUCAGAGCGAGCCACCACUUUCUGCAUCUGAUCAGCCUGAUAUCCUUAAAUUUAGGCAUGGAAUGAUCGAUCAUCCCUUGCCUUCUAUGACACAAGAACCAUCACGUGCUUCAACUUCACAUUCCCAAAGGCUGGAUGCCAUUCAACCAGAUGCCAGAUAUCUUGGGACAGACACUGAUGGGCCUCAAUCUAGUAAUGAAGCAAUCGAAGCUACAGUUGCUUCCAAGUUGCCAGAUCCAGCAGCUUUAGGAAAAGCUGCAAAUAUGGGUAUCAAAGAACCUCCAGGAAUUGCUUCUAAAGAGCGGGAUAACUUGGAUCGGUGGAAAAGUGAUCCAUCUCGCCCAGAAACUGAACUUAGGCAGCAGCGAGUCACUGGUUCCACGCAAAGGACAUCUACUGAUAGGCCUCCAAAGUUGAUAGAAAGUGCAUCAAACGGUCUUACUUCUGUGGUAUCUGCUCAGCCAGAGCAAGUUCGUCCUCUUCUAAGCUUGCUGGAGAAGGAACCCCCUUCUAAGCAUUUCUCUGGUCAGUUGGAGUAUGCACGUCACCUCUCAGGGUUGGAGAGACAUGAAAGUAUACUGCCUUUAUUACAUGGAUCUGAGAAGAAAACAAAUGGUGAAUUGGAUUUUCUGAUGGCAGAGUUUGCAGAGGUUUCUGGGCGUGGAAGAGAAAAUGGAAAUCUAGACUCGAUGCCUAGAAUUUCACAUAAAACAGUGAGUAAGAAGGUUGGACCAAUUGCACCUAAUGAAGGAGCUGCUUCCACAUCUGGUAUUGUAUCUCAAACAGCAUCUGGUGUAUUGUCUGGUUCGGGUGUUCUAAAUGCUAGACCUGGGAGUGCAACAUCAUCUGGGUUACUUUCCCAGAUGGUAUCAGCAGAGGUUGCGAGGGAAUACCUGGAGAAAGUGGCGGACCUUCUGCUCGAGUUUUCUCAAGCUGACACAACUGUAAAAUCUUACAUGUGUAGCCAAAGCUUGCUUAGCCGUCUUUUUCAGAUGUUCAAUAGAAUUGAGCUCCCUAUUCUUUUAAAGAUACUUAAGUGUAUCGAUAAUCUGUCAACUGACCCAAACUGCUUAGAGAAUCUUCAGCGAGCAGAUGCAAUUAAGUACUUGAUUCCAAAUCUUGAACUCAAAGAUGGACCUCUUGUAGAUCAAAUUCAUAGUGAGGUCCUCAAUGCACUUUUUAACCUCUGCAAGAUAAAUAAGAGGAGACAGGAACAAGCUGCUGAAAAUGGAAUCAUUCCACACUUAAUGAAUUUUAUUAUGUCUGAUUCUCCUUUAAAAUCGCAUGCAUUACCUCUACUGUGUGACAUGGCUCAUGCAUCACGUAAUUCAAGAGAACAAUUAAGGGCCCAUGGUGGAUUGGAUGUAUACUUGAGCCUACUUGAUGAUGUGGUUUGGUCAGUGACGGCACUAGAUUCAAUUGCUGUUUGCUUGGCUCAUGACAAUGACAACCACAAAGUGGAACAGGCAUUGCUAAAAAAAGAUGCAGUCCAGAAAUUAGUGAAGUUUUUCCAAUGCUGCCCCGAACAACAAUUUGUGCAUAUAUUGGAGCCAUUCUUGAAAAUUAUCACGAAAUCAUCCCGCAUAAAUACAACUUUAGCUGUUAAUGGCUUGACACCUCUGCUCAUUGCAAGACUGGAUCAUCAAGAUGCCAUAGCUCGUCUUAAUCUGCUCAAACUAAUAAAGGCUGUGUAUGAGCACCACCCACGUCCAAAGCAAUUGAUCGUGGAGAAUGACUUGCCCCAAAAACUUCUGAACUUGAUCGAGGAACGUAGGGACGGGCAAAGCUCCGGAGGCCAAGUGUUAGUGAAACAAAUGGCUACUUCGCUACUUAAAGCACUUCAUAUAAACACUGUUCUGUAAAUUCGUGUCUCACAGUUUCUUUUAAAAAUGUACAUGGUUUUUUAGGAAAUUUUAUUUGUUAGAUUUUUUCCCCAUUAAAAAUAUGGUUUGCUUGUGUGUGUAUGCUUGCAACCAUGUGGAUGCAACAAGUUUUAGGAGUGUGUUCUACUUAUCCAGGAGGUCUCAGAAACUCGAGAGUUCCAAAGGGUGGCUGUCUUUUUGCAUUAGCGAGCUACCAGGUCGAUUUCUUUUUGCCCCCUCACCCCCCAAUUUGUUCUUAAAUAUUCUAAUUUAAACUCCAAUGUUUGUAGUGCUAACUGUUUAUAAUUUUAUGACCCUUCUUUUUUUA